AUGGCGCUCUCAGUCCUCGACGAUCGCUCGGCCCGGACGAAGGUUGCGGCCUGCGUGGCCGCCUCUGGUGUGGCGCUGGCGACGGGCAGCUGGCUCCGCCGCCUGCGAUGGAGCGCCAAGCAGCAGGAGCUCAACGCCCAAGCGCCAGCUCUCCCGGCCGAUGCCGACCUGCUCCGCGUCGGCUUCUCGGCCAAGAAGUUGCCGAAGCACAUCGACCACGUGAUCAUCGGCAGCGGCCUCUCGGGGCUCUACACGGCGGCCCUCCUGUCCAAGCUCGGCCGCAGCGUGGUUGUUCUCGAGCAGCACUACGUUGCCGGUGGCUGCACGCACACCUUCAAGGACAAGGGCUUCGAGUUCGACACUGGGGUACACUACGUCGGCUCCGCGACCCAGCUGUGCGCCUUCAUGGACUUCGGCGCGGGCCGCCGUGGCGCCUUCAGGUUGCAGCGCCAGGGGGAGGACGACGGCUCCGAGGUCUACAACGAGUUCCACGCGGGAGGCAGGUGUGUGCACCGCUACCGCCCCGGCAGCCGCACCUUCGUGGAGGACCUCGCCGCCAAGUACCCCGGCGACGAGCGGGCCCUCCGGAGGUUCUUCCGGGCGCUGCGGGCCUCCGGCAGCGGGCUGGGCCUGGCCGCCGCCAGGCACUUCCUGCCCGCCUGGCUGUGGAGGCUGCUGCUGAGGCUCCCCGGGCCCGUCCGGCUGGUGGCCUCCCGCUACGUCCAGCGGAGCUUCGCCCAGGCCGUCACCGAUUGUGGCAUCCAGGACGGCAUGCUGCGGGCCACGCUAAGCGCCGAGUUCGGCGACCACGGCAUGGUCCCCGAGGAGGCACCCUUUUGCCUGCAGGCCGGCGUACUCGCGCACUACAUGUCGGAGGGCGGUUUCUACCCCCUCGGCGGCAGCGACGCCUUCGCCCAGGUGCUCGUGGACGCAAUCUUCAAGAACGGCGGCAGGGUGUUCGUCCGAGCUCCCGUUGCCAAGAUCGUCGUGGAGGGUGGCCGCGCGGUCGGUGUCGACAUGGCCGGCGGCAAGGGCGUGAUCCGCGCCGCGAGGUCGGUGAUCUCGAGCGCGGGCGCGGAGGCCACCUACCGCAAGCUGCUGGACGACGUAACGGUGGAGAAGGUGGGCGGGGUGCCGCAGAGCCUCUUGGAGACUGAACAGGGCAGGGCGAUCUCCCACCACGUGUACGGCUUCGUCGGCUUCGAUGGCACGACCGAGGAGCUCGGGCUGCCGACCUACAACAUCUGGAGCCUGCCCACAGGUCCAGGCGUUUCGGACCCGAGAGACAUUUCGGCCAGUUGGAACCAGCUCUUCGGCUCAGCGCGCGGCGAGUUGCCCUUCUUUCUGGCCAGCGAUGAGGCCGCGAAGAGGGCGCAGGUGCCGUGCUUCAUGUCCUUCCCGUCCGCGAAGGACACCACAUACAAGGAGCGCAACCCUGGCAAGUCCGUCGCCGUGCUCCUCACGGAGAGCAAUGCUGACUUCUUCGGCGAGGUAGGACCGCACAACAAGCGCGGCGAAGAGUACGCCACCAUCAAGAGGCGGUACGAGCAUGUCUUCCUCAAUUCUUUGUACCACUACUUCCCGCAGCUCAAGGGGAAGGCGACCUACGUGGAUGUCGGCACACCCUUCUCAAACGAGCUCUACCUCGAGCGAAAGAGCUCCUACGGCCUGAGCCACACCUCUGAGCGCCUCCUCGACCCCACCCUGCGCAUCUCGGUCGCGGGGGUGAGCGGUCUUUUCCUCACGGGCCAGGACGUCCUCUGUGACGGGGUCUUCCCUCAGGUCUUGACGGCGUGGAUGACUGUUGCUAAGGUCGUGGGCGUCACGUCUCCCGAUUUUUGGUUGCUGUUCUGCGGCUUCGUCGCAUCCGUCGGGCGGCGGUGUCUUUUCGACAGGACCUACCAGUCCAAGAACCCGUGA